GGGGAGUUGGCCUGAGCCCGGCACAGCCCGCGCAGACACGCGCGGGAGCAGAAACCUGGCCGGACUCCGCCGGGGAGGCCGGACCCUGGGGCGGGGCGUCUCAGGCCCCGCCCAGCUGACGUCACCCGCGGGGUGCGGGCGGGGCCGGCGGCCGCAGGAUUCAGUCUCAGUCCUUCCGAGCAGCGGCCGGAGGCGAGCAGGCGGGCCCCGGCUCCCGGCGAUGCGGCGCGCUCAGGAUGCUGCGGCGCCUGGUAGUGCUGCUGGCGGCGCUUCUCAGCCUUCUCAGCCCGCGCCACGGCUCGGGCGCGCACGGGACAGAAUUGCCCAGCCCUCCAACUGUGUGGUUUGAAGCAGAAUUUUUCUUCCACACCCUCCACUGGAUGCCCAUCUCAAAUCAGUCCAAUACCACCUACUAUGAAGUGGCGCUCCAGAGGUAUGGAAUAGAGCACUGGAAUAUCAUCCCCAACUGUAGCCAGGCCCUGGCACUGUCCUGUGAUCUCACCAUGGUGACCCUGGACUUGUACCACAGCAAUGGUUACCGGGCCAAAGUCCGGGCAGUGGAUGGCAGCCGGCACUCCAACUGGACCUUUACAAAUACCCGAUUCUCUGUGGACGAAGUGACUCUGACAGUUGGCGGAGUGAAACUAGAAAUGUCCGACGAUUUCAUCCAUGGGACCAUCGAGCUCCCCAGGCCCAAGAUAGCCCCCAAAGGCGACACAUAUGAAAGCAUCUUCCCUCACUUCCGCGAGUAUGAGAUUGCUUUUCGCAAGGGGCCAGGAAAGUAUAAGUUCACAUACGAGAAAGUAAAACAUGAAAACUUUAGCCUGCCAACCUCUGGAGAGGUGGGAAAGUUCUGUGUCAUGGUGAAACCAUCUGUCAGCUCCCGAACUAACAAAGGGAUGUGGUCGGAAGAGGAGUGUAUCGUCCUCAGUGAGCAGUAUUUCACCGUAACCAACCUCUGUAUCUUCUCUGCCCUCGUCCUGCUGCUCUGUGGAGCCCUGGCCUGCUGCCUGGCCCUCCACCUGUAUGUGCGGCGCCGGGGGAAGCUGCCCUCUGUCCUGGACUUCAAGAAGCCCAGCCCCUUCAUCCUGGUCAGCAUGCCUCCCUGCCCAGAGACCCAAGACACCAUCCACCCCCUCGACGAGGAGGCCUUCCCAAAGGUGUCCCCAGAGCUGAGGAACUGGGACCUCCAUGGCAGCACAGACAGUGGCUUUGACAGUUCCAAGCCAUCCCUGCAGUCUGAAGAUCCCCACUUCCUCCUCCCUGGGCCCCAUCCCCAGGCUGGUGGGGCCCUAGGAGAGGUAGAGCCCCCAGAGCUGGAAGACAGCUGCAGUAGCGGCAGCAGCAACAGCACAGACAGUGGGAUCUGCCUGCAGGAGCCCAACCUGAGCCCCGACGUGGGGCCCGCCUGGCAGGUAGAGGGUGACAGCAGAGGCCAGGAUGACAGUGGCAUUGGCCUAGUCCAAAACUCUGAGGGGCAAGCUGGGGACACACAGGGUAGCUUAGCCUUGAGCCAUGUCAGUCCCCCAUCACCUGAGGUGCCUGAAGAAGAAGACCCAGCCUCAGUGGCAUUCCAGGGCUACGUGAAGCAGACCAGAUGUACAGAGGAGAGGGCAACCAGGGCAGGCUGCCUGGAGGAAGAGUCCCCCUUGACAGAUGGCCCCAAAUUCAGGACGUGCCUGGAUAAUGAAGCAGGCUGGCCUCCACCAGCCCUGGCCAAGGGCUAUUUGAAACAGGAUCCUCUGGGAAUGACUCCGGCUCCCUUGGGGGCCCCAAUUGGACAAUGGGACCAGCCACCUGAGGAAUGGCCACUCCUGGGCUUGACCUACGGUGGUGAAUUAGCAACUGACUGGAGCUGGACACAUGAUCUUGCCAUUCUGGACUUGGGCAGAGACCCAAGACACCAUCCACUCCCCCGAAGAGACUUCAGCUCAGACCCAGCCUCCCUGCCAUUGAUCUUCAACCUGCAUUCAAGUGACUCCAGCUAAGUAGCUGCUUUGAUUUCAGCCAUGCCUGCACCCCUGCCUGCCCCAGAACAAGGGCCCCUAGGGCUCCCUCAGAAGUGGAGCCUGAGGCAGUCUGGCACUUUCCUGCCAGCCCACCUGGGCCAGCCCUUGCUGGCCCUAUAGUGCUAGCCAGGGUGCCUGGAUCAGGAAGAGGUCAUCUCACAGAACGGUACCAAGAGUCUGGGUGGCAUCGGCCUAUCCCGCUGACUGGGGCCCUGUAGCCUGGCAAUGCUGAGACAGGACAGGCAGAGACCUCCCCUCUCCCCGUAUCAGAAAGGAUGAUUUGCUCAGAGAAAGGAGAGGGUUUUCUGGAGUUGGGAGGCCAUCAGGCUGAAGUCAGCUCAGGCCUCUGCCCUUAGGCCUGCCAAGCCGCAGGGCCUCCAGCAGGAGGAAGGGCUGAAAGACUGGAAGCCUCUGGGCCUUGCUGCAGGGCUCAUUUCUUGGGGAAGGAAGGAAAAGGCCGAGGCUGAGUUUGAUGGUCACAUGGAGAAGCUCCCUACUGGCAGGGAACUUGUCAACAGAGGUCUUAAGGUCUAUCUGCCCCAUACAGUCACCCAGCCAAUCAGUACAUCAUUAUGGAGCUACAGGGGGACACAGGGAGCUCAGACCCUGAUUGGGGCUUCCAGCUCAGAACCCGUCCCUCUGGUGGGAUAUUUCUGGUGUCCACCUGCAGACAUGUCUCUCCCUCUCCCAAACAGGGAAGCAUCCCCUUGUGUCACUUGCCGCCAACCCCCUCACUAUCCCCACCCACUGCCCCACCAUCUUUCUGACAGUUCCAAGAAACCAUGGUAAGUUUCUAUUGGUCAAAACUCAGCCCUUCAUCCAGCCCAGGUCAGCCUCAGAGAGUCAGAGUUGGGACCUGUGCUUGUGUUUGCUGCUAAUGUCCAAUUGUGUACCCAGAGGACAGGGCCCUGGGCUGGGGUCACUGCUCUGUCAGUGUUCAGCGUAACAUUUCAUCCUCUACAUACAAAACAAGGACUCCACCUAUAGGCGGGCUUCCAUGCUGAAUGUUGGCCAGCAUCUAGGUGACAUUGCUGACCCUGCCCAACUCUGGACUGGGAGGAAGUGGACACCAGAAGCCAUCUGCCCAGAGCCAGCUUCUUUCUCAUGCCAAAGGAUAACAGAUCUAGCAGGAAGCCAUGACAUUAUGCUGAGAGAGUACCAGUGCCUGGGCCCAGGAAGCGGGUUGGUAUGGGCCCUGCUUCCUCGCAGUCCAUCUGGAGUCUGUCUUCAAGCAAAAGCAGUUUUCUGUGCACAGGCACUGGGGCUGGGAGGGGCCCCAGCCUAUGGAUGGGGCCAUCCAUAGGCUGGGGCCCCCAUCUCUUCACCUUCUGCAGACAGACAUCCUGGCCCAGGGAAUCCAGCCAUGACCCCUCCCAUUCUGCCAAGACACCCUUAGGUAACAGUCCGAUAACUGAACUCCCCCUGAAAACAGGCUCGAGGUAGCAUUCCUCAGGGGUUCCAUGAAGGCUUUAUUUAUUUAUUUUGUACAUUUAUUUAUUGAAGAGGUAGCAUAGUACAGUGAAAGAACUGCACAUCUCAGGAGCCCCGGAGUUCUAGUUCUGACUCUGCUGUUUCUAGCUGUGUGACCUUGGGCAAGUCACUUUUCCUCUUUGAGCCUCAGUUUCCUCAUCUAGAAAGUAAUGACUGACUUGUCUAAUUCUUAGGGAUGUGAGGUUCCACCAAGGAAAUGGUUGUGAGUACGCCUUGAACAGAAAGCUCUGUAAAUUAAGGGAUGUCUGGUUUUCAUUCUAAUAAAUUGUCAAAACUGCAGGGAUCGUGUGAAGCUGGUCAGGUUUCUGAUGACACGGUGGCCGGCAGAGGACUCGGUUGUUGGUAACUGGGGAUGCUAAUGAGAUGUGUGAUUAUGCUUGAAGGAAACAGGACUUAGGACUCAGGUUCAAGUUCUCAUUCGUGCUAAGAUGUAUUGUCUGUGACCUUGGUCAAAUUACUUAUCCUGUCAAAGUUUUCAUUUCCCCAUCUGUAACAUGGACUUGAUAACUCCUCAUGAGGAUGCUGGGAGGUUUAAAUGAGAUUAUGUAUGAAAACAGUUGAACACGGCACUAGGCAUGUGGUGUUUCACGCAUAAAUAGCUGUUGGCUGUUAAGGUUAUAAAGGGAAAUGGACAACUUUUCUUGGAAAUGGGUGAAAAUGAAAGCGAUGAGUAUGCAGGACUGGGCACCAUGGUGCACAUCUGCAGUUCCAGUUACGUGGGAGGCUGGGGCAGGAGGAUUGCUUGACACCAGGAGUUGAGGUUACAGUGAGCUAUGAUUGCACCAUUGCACUGCAGUCUGGGUAACAAAGCAAGACAGUCACUAAAAAAAAAAAACAAAGAGCCCUGAUGCAGAAGGGCUCUUACAGAAAAUCGAAAAGGACAUGGAAAAUACAGUGCAACAUUUUGGAUGUGAACUCUGACAACUUGGAAAGGAGAAUUUAUAAGCUUCUCCCUUCCAGGAAGACAGCAAACCAGACCUCUCUGGAGUCUUAGCACCUGCUCACCUCACCCUAGAGGUGUGUCUUGGCAUGGUGCUCAUAAGUGCGGAAGCCAUCUGCAUUUAUUCUAGAAGCAGCCUGCUCCUUCCACGAAAAGCCACACGUGGGUUUGAAUCGCUCCCGGGUCCCAGCCCAGCGGGUGGAGCAAACCCAGGCCUGCAGCUGAGCCUCCUUGUGAGCUUUACUUUGUCCCAGCUUGCAUCCCUGAGGGGGUGACCGAGGACACUUCAUCUCUUUUCACUGGUGCCAUCUCCAACCAUGUCUCUCCCCCUUUCAUUCUGACAAAAUGAUCAGUUCUGGGGAAGUACUGAUCUUAUCACCUUCAGAGAACUUGACUAACAUCAAUCACUCAGAGUUGAACCUGCUCAUACCUUGCUCUUGGAAACCUCUUAGCAAGAUGGUAAGUAGAAGUGGGGUUGGUCAUCUGCUCCUGCAAGACAGGUGUUGGAGAUGGCUGCUUCUCAGUGGAAAAGGUCCCGAGGCAGGUUGGAUCAAGACUGCCUUGAGGGGUGGAUAUAAAGGUUGAAAGAAUAAGGGGAAAUGUCUUCGAGGAAUUCGAAUACUUGACAGCUGUUCUCUAACCCUUGACGCAGCCAGGUAUGUGGGAGGAAUCAAGAGAGUUCUUCCAACCAACUGGAGCUAAUGAGACAAUUCCAGACUUCUUGGGAAUUUGGAUUAAAGUCCCCAACAGAAGGUCCAGAUUGUUUUGAGCAACCUCCUUCGAGGGCUUUUCCUGGCCGACGGAUGUGUGAUUCUGUGUUUCUGUGAGCAAAUGGAACUUCCUCUUAGUAAGGAGAGAGGGGAAAUGGGCCAGUGUUGACUGAAGAGGAAAUUCAAUUGAACUGUGUUUUCCCAACUUUGUAAAUAGCUGUGGUCAGAGUCUGCCUUGUCCUCCCGAAAUUUCUCUCUGCCCCUGCCCCAGUGCACACACUGUCACAGAAUAUACACUGUCCCUAGGAGAUUGAGUCCCACCCACAGAGCCCACCCUGCACAUCCGUGGAAAUUCUCAGAGCCCCACAUGUCAAUGGCAGAGAGAGGGGCUCUGUAGGCUGUGCCACCCACGGCAGACGUGUAACCAUGAGAGGCAGGUCCAGGCAGUCAGGGCCGAUUUUAUCUAGAGGACAUUAAAUACUAGGAAGCUUGACUCAUUAAUUUCCUGUAGUGUUCAUGGGUUUAAAGACGCAAACCCAGUUUAGGGUUUGAAGUAAACCCACAA